AUGUCAGAGUCUCAGGCCACACCCGCCUUAGCUGGGGCUGAGACUGAGGUUGCUGCUAUCUCCAACUCUCUCCUUACAGGUUCGGCGCUGCCAGGAGCUUCCACCUCUGCCAAUUUAUCCUUGGGGGAUCAAUUGGGGGAGGCGGAGUUACAGAACGGCUCUUUUCUCUCCACCGUGGAGGUGGAUAAGCAGGCAGCUAAUUCGGCACCACCGCAGGCCGCGGCGUCGCCAGUGGGCGGAUCCCUUCAGCUUGCGCAUGUGAUUUCGUGCACGGAUGUGUCAAAGAAGCGGGUAGUCGCAUCGCCGCUUUCUGUGCCGGAUCCUGGGAAGCCGCCGAAGUUUAGAAAUAAAGGCGUGCGUGGGCUGCGAUCGACGACGCACGCGCAGGGCAGGCGCCGGGAUCCGAGGACGUUGUCUGUCCUGGAUUUGGCGGCAGUGGAUCUCGAGCAGUUACGGACCUCCUUUAUCGCCCAUGCGCAGGCGUUUGGAAGAAGUGAUUUCCUUGACCUGUACAAAGUGGCGGGUGACGUGGCGCGGGAGAUGCAUUACGCGGAUCGUGAGGCAGAGCGGCUGCAGCGCAGAGGGCAGGCCUCCGUCCCGCCCAGACACAGUCGACGACAAAACGACGCGCCACCGUUCUGCACAAGUCCACAAAACAGUGGAGAGGAAGGCGCGGCGGGUGACUCCACAGCAUCCGUCGCGGAGGAUUCCAUUGCAAACCUUUCCAUGAGUGGAUCCUGCAUUUUUGCCAAGGGGCUUUCCUCGCAAAAGGCGCGGCUAUUGUCUGUUUGGCUGUACGACCACCUCGUGGUGCAGGAACUCUUCGAAUUCAAGAAUAUGUCGUUGGAUAAUCCACGGGACACGCAUGAUGGGGUCAUGAUGUUAUCCCCGCGCUCGUUUCUGGAGAGUGGGACGAAGGCGAUGAUGGUUAAACUCCGCGGCCCACCAACACCUCAACAGCUGGCGGCGUUUGACAUCUUUGACGGGCUUUCCCUUCGAUUGCAGGACCAUACUUCGAGUGCCGCGCUGGAAGCCGCAAACAUGUCGAUCGAAAGCCUGUCACUUCCGUUUCCGGUGUUUGUGUACGUUCUUAGCCGAGCAGUCUUUCGCAUGUGUUACCUCGACUGCUUCCCGAAAGGGACAUUUUCCUCCUCGUCCUCCUCGACCACCACUACUGCAGGCGCUGCUUCCACCACCGCAGUGGCGGACAUUUCUUUUACGAGUGCUGCGGAUAUAGUGAGAAAAGAAUGCUUUACGACUGUCAGCAAAGGUAGCCACAAACAUGAUUCUCUUCUGCAAGAGGUCGCCAAUCUUUUGGAGGAAUGCAGACAUGUUGUUAUACGCUUUUUUGAAUUGUUGGACUCGGAGCAGCAGGGCGUCAUCACCUGGUCUGCCUUCACCGAUCUACUGAUGGAGCGGGUGGAGGUCCAGCAUCGCCUCAUGAUGGUCAAGGAGAGCUCAGAGCUUAAUGUGCGGAGCGAUGCCAGGGCGCUUGACGAACACGUCUUGGAGCCCUUCCCGUCUGUGAUGCAGCGACUAGGGUACGUGAGGGCGGUGAUCGAGGUUCGCUACAGUCGAUCGGCUAUUAUUGUUGAGGGGCCACAUGACUUUGCCGUCUGCGACAGCGCCUACAGCAGCCUUAUUCAACACAAACUGCUUGUACGCUCGGCGUAUACCCUCUUUGCACACCGUAAAGGUGCCCCGGAUGAGUGGGGCGCGGAACGGUGGGAGGUGGCUGCGCAGUCCGCGACAAGCGCGCAUCCAGAGCGCAAACAUAGUCGAAAGAUUGUGCGCUACGAGGAUGGCCGCGGCCAUCAUAAUGAGACCGCCUCAAAGGUGCUGAAAAAACGUCCGGCUUGCCGACGAGAAGGGUGGCGGCGCGGAAAGUGA